AUAUCUGUCAGUAGAAACUACUAUUCCAAAUUCGAGACAUUUUGAAUUACUUGGAAUUUCUAUGUAUUACACCCCUUUAGCCAAGUGCCCACCCCAUAUCCCUCGGGAAUUACAUUGGCGUGUUCCUCACUAGCAUAUUUGAUUAGUGGGCCAGGCUUUUUUAGUUCCACAGUUAUAUUGCCUGUUAUUGACAUUCGACGUACACGUACCGUACCUGGUACUGAAUACAACAACACAGUCUUCACGUCGUAUGUUUCAAGGAUCGAGGCAUUCUUCAAGAAUUUUGACACCAUCUCCCUGUAAACGGGCCUGUCGUCCACCAUGAUUCUGCUGACGUCAGCACUCUUCUUCGUCCUGGGUCACGUGAUGUCUCAGACUCCGGAUAACGACCGGAUCAACUGUUACCCCGAGAAAGGUGCAGUACCGCUCCAGACCGCGUGCGUGUCAGAGCGCGGCUGCACAUGGGCCAACGAUACCGAUCAUCCAAAGGUCCCCAUCUGCCACUACCCUGCCGACUACGGGUACGAAGUCACGUCCAAGACCAGGACGGUUCACGGGUACCGGGUACAGCUGCGGUGGAAGACGGGACAGAGCUGUGCGUUCAGCACACCGGUCCAGACCGUCACACUGGAUGUGGAACACCAAACCAAUAACAGGCUGCGUUUUAAGUUCUAUGACCAGAGCAGCCCGCGGUACGAGGUUCCUAUGGACAUGCCUGGUCCGGAUACAGCAGCCUCUCCGGAGUAUGAGGUCGGGAUUCCGGAUUCCGGACUCUUUUACAUCAACGUAACUCGGAGGGACACCGGCACCGUCAUUUGGGAUUCUUCCUUUGGUGGCUUCACCUUCGCAGAUCAGUUCCUACAGAUCUCCACCAAGCUGCCGUCCCGGUACGUGUACGGUUUCGGGGAACACGAGCACGCCACGUUUCACCACGACCUGAACUGGCGCACGUGGGGCAUGCUGACACGGGACGAGUCUCCGGGACCGCCAGUCCAAGAGACGGCCGCUGACGGUACGAUGUAUGACGUAGAGCGGAACAACUACGGAGUACAUCCAUUCUACAUGGCGAUGGAGGAGGACGGGAACGCUCAUGGCGUGCUGCUGCUCAACAGCAAUCCGCAAGACGUGACGUUCCAACCCAAGCCUGCCCUGACGUUCCGUACGAUCGGAGGCGUGCUGGAUUUCUACAUGUUCCUGGGACCUAGUCCGGAGGAGGUGGUGCAGCAGUACACACAGGCGAUUGGGAGACCGUUCAUGCCGCCAUAUUGGUCUCUGGGUUUCCAGCUCUGUCGCUAUGGUUACAAGAACCUAGAGCAUAUCCAGAAUGUUGUCGACAGCAUGAGGAACUACAACAUCCCACAGGACGUGCAGUACGCUGAUAUAGACUACAUGGAGCGUCAGCUUGACUUCACUCUGGACCACACCAACUUUCACGGCCUCCCUGCCUACUUCAGACAACUGCAGGACGAAGGGAUGAAAACCAUCAUCAUUCUGGACCCGGCUAUUAGUAAGAACGAGACCAACUACCCAGCCUGGGACAGGGGCGUGCAGAUGGACGUAUGGAUAAAAAACGAGGACCAAAGUGGACCGGCUUACGGGAAGGUGUGGCCGGAAUAUGCGGACGAGUUUCUACCAGGAAAAAUGGAGAAUGCUUCAUGGGACUUCCAGGUGGAGAACUACCGUUCGUUGGUUGGUUUUCCUGACUUCCUGAAGCCGUCCACUCACGACUGGUGGCACGAACAGAUCGUAGACUUCUACAACGACCCGACAGAAGGCAUCAGAUUCGACGGGAUAUGGAUCGACAUGAACGAACCCGCUAACUUCAUUCCCGGAAACUACGACCCGACAACCAAUUCCGGGAAGUGUGGGAACAACAUAUGGAACAACCCUGACUACACGCCUUGGGUGAUGGGAGAUCUGUACAGUAAGACUAUCUGUAUGGACGCGCAUCAGGAGGGGACAGACGGCACUACUUAUAAACACUACGAUGUUCACAACCUGUACGGCUGGAGCCAGACGCCUACUACACUCAGGAGUGCCCGCGUAGCGACAGGGAAGCGGAGCAUCGUCGUGACCAGAUCCACCUUCCCCGGCAGCGGCAAGAGCGGGGGACACUGGCUGGGCGACAACACCAGCAAGUGGGACCACCUCCAUAAGUCUAUCAUCGGUAUGCUGGAGUUUAACCUCUUUGGAAUCCCAUACAUCGGUGCAGACAUCUGCGGAUUCUGGGGCGAGCCAGACCGUGAGAUGUGUUGGCGCUGGAUGCAGCUCGGGGCGUUCUACCCUUAUAGCCGCAACCAUAACCAGAAGGACGUCAUAGCGGAACAAGACCCGUCUGCCUGGGGUCCGGAGUUUGCCGAAGCUUCCCGAGCGGUACUGUUAACCCGUUACCGCCUACUGCCCUACCUCUACACGCUGUUCUACGAGGCGCACACUAAGGGGUCUACUGUUGUCCGACCGCUGUUACACGAGUUCCGCACGGAUAGGAACGCCUGGACGGUGGACAGACAGUUCUUGUGGGGCCCAGCCCUUCUCAUCUCACCGGUACUGGAACAGGGUGCAACCAGUGUGACUGCGUACAUGCCUGAUGCCAGGUGGUUCGACUACUACACGGACAGUGAAGUCAGUUCCUCCAGCCGUGGCAGUAACGUGACAAUCCCGUGUGAUAUGGACUGCAUCCCUCUGCACGUGCGGGGCGGGUAUGUCAUCCCAACACAGGAGCCCGCAACCAACACAAAAACAAGCCGACAGAACAAGUUUGAGAUAUUGGUAGUGCUCAAUGAUGACGAGUCAGCGGAAGGUCGGUUGUUCUGGGACGACGGAGAAAGUGCCGACACUAUUGAAAGCGGAGAUUACUUAUUGCUGGAGUUAAGAGCCAAUGCGGGCGGUUUUACCACGAUCGUCACACACAAAGGGUACCAGCCAGACAGCACCACCACGAUCGGCAGUUUGAAGGUGCUCGGCCUGAAGAGCACGGUGGGGGAGGUAAAACUGAACGGCGUGAGCACCUCCCGAUACACGUAUCGGCAAAACGUACUUCACAUCACGGGCAUGAAUAUAGACCUGGCUGCCAGUCACGAGAUUAGGUGGAGCAAGACCACUUCAGCUGCAGUACACCUUAUACCCGCAAGAUGGCAGCUGCUGUUCGUUUUUGCUGUCCUCUGUGCUUUACUGACGUGAAAACGUUAUACGAUGAUAUUGUGUAUUUGAAAAUUAAGAUUUGGAGUUAGAAAUUAAGCAUAAGUUAGACCUUUUGUUGAUUCGAUUAUGUGGAUGAUAUCAUCUGGCAACUUGAUAAACUCAGGCAAACUCAUGCAAACAUUCAAUACGAAUAAAAAAUAGCGAAACAAAUGACAGAGUAUGCUAUACGAAACAAUGGAAUCUCCAUUCUCGUACAUGUUAUUUUUCAUCGUCCUCCUUGACUUUGACAUUUACUUUGGCAUAAGUAUUCGUUUUCCUAGGUGACGUUUUCAGUUUACGGCAUACAUGUUCUGCAGCUUUGUACGAUUUAUGGCAUUGUCAAAUGUUAGCCAUGUUUUCAAGUUUUUAAUAACGUGUAGAGGUUGAGAUUUUCUAGCUUUACUUUUGUAUGGGGCUGAAAUGAAUCUGUUUGUUACAACAAAUUAGAAACAAUGACGUGUAAGCAACACUGACACCGUAGCCUUGCUGUAAGCCAAAUGAUUAGCCUGUCACAAUUUGAAAAGCUCAUACGAAAGCCCGUACGAAAAGGCUUAGCAAGUCCUUCCUUCAUUGCGCCAUCCGUUUCUACAACAAGACAGUUACACAGUAGUGCCAUCUACACUAAGACAUUAUAUACACAGUUUGUAACUCGGUACUGUUUUUCAAACAUGUCGAUUUUAAUCAAUUAUCAAGUAUGCUAUGAACAUGUUAAAGGGAAUCUAAAAGUCAUUGUUUGUAUGCGACUAUUAUUCUUAUGUGUUUUGUAAAGCCUGACAUGUGUAAUAAGGUCGAAAUUCGGGUGAAUGUGAGUUUGCCAGCGAGAACCUUAAUGAAUAAAACAUUGAUUGAUUGAUUGAUUGAUUGAUUGAUUGAAACCGGAGCCCGGCCGUGGGCAGUAUGAUGGAACAAAAAGGAUAUAGAAGAGAACAAAACACGUAAAAUAUGGUCAUAAAUGUUUGUAUGAAAUUGUUACAGAGAUUGCAUUGUGAAGAUAUUUUGUACAUGAUCACUGUUUAUCUGUACAUCUUAAUGAAAUACAUCUAAGCAUAAACGUAGAUCUGUGUUAGUAACCCCGGUUCACCAUUAUCCGCGGGGUAACCUAUAUCCAUUGUUUCAUAGAACAGGGAAAUUAGGGACAUCAAGUCGACAGAAGAUGGUUCAAACUGAAAUAUUUUGAAAAUUUUACAAUUUUAAACCCUCCUUUUAAAACAUCGGACACAGGUUACCAUUAACGAAUAAAGGAGAACCAGGCUGAGCGUUAAACAACAUUAUAAAGAAGCCUAAACUUCAUAUAGACAGCACUUUGAAGAAUUUAGCAGAAUAGACCGUCUACUGCUAACGUUAGUUCACCUUUAUCCACGGGGUAACCUAUAUCCGUUGUGAUGGGGGACAGGGUAUACAGGGAUGUCAAGUCGACGGACGGUAGUUUUAAAUUGUGAUAUUUUCAAAAUAUUGCAGUUUGAAACCACCAUCUGUCGACUUGAUACCCCUAAAUACAUUGUCAUUAAAAAGAACAGAUAAAGGUUACCCUACGGAUAUAGGUGAACUAGCGCUGUAU